UUCGUAGCACAACGCAACGCCUGCAAGUUCACAACGACUGUUGAGACUCGCCAAAAAAAAAAAAAAAAUCUGACGACCGUCCGCCAUGGUUCGGUUAAUCAGUGUUCGAUGCAUAAUAGUUGCACAUCUGUGAUUGAUUUAUUUUUUUGUUCAUUGAUCUCGUUUAAAUAAUAUUAUACAAUUCUGUAAAACGCAACACUUUUCCGUCAAACAAAAUAAACUAGAUUCACUUGUUUGUUUUUUUUCGAUUUCGAAUCCAAAACUCACAAGCGCAUCACGAGAGAGUUAUCCAAAUCAACGUUGUUAUUUUAAUUAUUAUCGAGCAUUCUGAUGAAAACAGAAACGCUACUGUAACCCACGGAUAUAAUAUAAUAUACUACGCUAUAUUAGGUAUAUUAUUAUUACUGCUGUCGUUUGAACUUGCGCGUCCAAAAAUCAUUCAAACUGUAUUGCAAUCAGAAGCACCACACGCCGACCGAAGAAACGGAGACCAUACCGCAGUCAUCUGGUUAGUGGUCAUCUGGUAUCGGUUAUAGUGAUAGAGUAGAAUGAACGCGCACCAUCGGAGAUCCAUGAUACGUGUCAGGUACCGGGUGUCGGUUCCGGACGUGACGGUUCUCCACAAAAGGAAGCAGACUCCACUCUUAAGCAUUAGACAGCUAUAUAUCAUUGCAAUUAAAAAAAAAUUAUAAUACCACACAUUUUCCAGUUAUCUAGUUUUAUCUAGAAAGCAUCAUCUUCACCUGAAUUGCCAGGACUCUAUAGGUGUAACAAAUUAACAUUUUAGCGGUCGUAAAUUGCAGCAGCGCCUGCCCGCCACCGAUGCGUGGCCUCUAUGUACUUUAAGGUCUCCGCACACGAUAUAGAACAUAUAUUACUAUAUAUGAGUAUAGAGGGUGUUUGGUCGUGUGUCACUUGUGCUCACAUGUUCGAUAUGUGGUACCUUCGACUGAUAUGUCACUGUGUAUCUUAAUACAUGUAAAAAUAAUUGUAUUACGCCUGUCGUAAUAAAUUAAAAUAUAUUAUUGUUUACGAUAUUAUGAUGACAUAUUAUAGUUUACAUUAUUUACCCGUGUUUUCUGUGUAUUAUAAGAUCGUCAAUAAAAUGUGUUCGCCGCUGUUGUUUUUGUUCGCUUAUAGGUACCAAAGUCCACGUAGAUCGCCCUCAGCCAUCAACACAACAGCCACCAACAUGUUAACCGAGUGUUGUGACGUCAUAGUGGCGCACAGCCCGCCGAUCUACAGCGGGCCGCCACAGGAUCAACUAUCUGUGCUCUACCAGAACUUCCGGUUGGUCGUGAACCAGAAGCAACAGUCACCGUUGGCGGUUCGCCGAUCGUCUUUUUCACCAACUCGGUCGGACGACAGACAGUCGCUGGUCAUCAACUUGCCGAGCUCCAGCAAACCUCACAGACCGUGUCUUGUCAUCAGGGCCGAUUCGGAGAGCAGCAUAGGAUCGUCGUCGUCGAGUUCGUCAUCUGACGAGAACGAACCGUCCAGUCCGAUCCGGAGAAAGAAGAAAGUCGUAUUCGCCGACGACCGAGGUCUGUCUUUGACUCAAGUGCGAUUGAUGAACGAACCAUCGAACCAGCCGCCGAAACUGAUGACCGCCAAACCGUAUUUUCAGAGCUUAACGCAGUCGGCCGCAUCGUCCUCGUCGUUCCUUCAAGCGGACGCCGCGACCAAACUGACGGGAGCGGCUGCGGACAAUUUGCCGCCGCAGUGGAACCUGAGGUUCUCGCAGCCGGCUUCUAGCUAUGUGGACUUCCGGAAGCGGUUGGACACGGACAACGUGUCACUGGAGAACGUGAUCGUGCGGUCGCCGGACCGGCGGAUAGUGGGCACGGUCAAGGUGCGCAACCUGUCCUACGACAAGAAAGUGUUCAUCCGGUCCACGCAGGACCGGUGGGCCGAGCACUUGGACACGCCGUGCACGUACGUGCAGAACAACGCCAUGCUGGGCGCGGCCACCAGCGGUCCCGCGCCGAGCGUCGCGGCCAUCUACGACACGUUCUCGUUCCAGUUGCCGCUGCCCGUGCACGCCGCGUCCAUGGAGUUCGCCGUGUGCUACAAGAGUCCCGAGUUCGAGUGUUGGGACAACAACGACGGCCUCAACUAUUGCGUGUCCGUGGGCGGCCAGUCCAACGGCGGCCCGCUGCCGCCACAACAGCAGCUGCUCCAGUCCGCGCUGUCGCCCGUCCUGGUCUCCGACUUCGACCUCCACCCGAAGCAGCCCGUCCACUAUUUCGGCGCCCAGUCCAGGCAGAACUCGUGGUCCGCGUGGCGCGACCAGAAAACCGACGCUUCCGCGUACUGGUGAACGUUCCAUCCGCCGCCCGUCAGCCAAAGUCCGCCAGUCUAAAAUAUUAUGGGAUUUUUUUUUUAAUUUC